AUGAGAAACAAGAAAGUUCUGAAUCAUCCGAAGAACUGGACGAAGAUGAUGGCGAACGAAAGUCCAAAAAGAAGGCAAAUAGGUUUGGUUUGUCUUUAUCCGAACAGCUAUUUCAGGCAGCGUCUUGGUUUUCACCCUCCAAAACCGAUUAUCCCGAUAGCCUUGUCAAGAUCCAGAAGGCAAGUCGCGAAAGUUGACUACAACUUUGGCGCAUAUGAUGAACUAAUUCAGGAGGCAGUGAAAAAUAUAGACGAAUCGGCCGCACAACGAAUGCACGCAGCCCGUGUACGGACGAAAAGUGAAGCUGGGCGUGGCAAAGACAUGGCAAACAUAAUCAAUGCGGAAAAACAAAGGAUCUCAUCGAGUGUGGACGAGAGCUGUGAAGAUGACGGGAAUGCAAGGUGGAAUUUUUUUUAG